AAUUCCUCGAUAAGUGAAAAUUUAUAAUUUUGAACGAGUAGUCUAGGUCCACUAAUAUUUUCAGAAAAAUGAUCCGCUAAAUAAUUAACUGUAGAAAAGGGAAACCCCACAAAGUUAACUCCAAAAGUAAUCUUUCGAAUUUUGAUACUUCCAAUAAUCUGAAGAGUUUACAGUAGAAAUGGGGGUUCUCAUUGGAAAGACAGAAAUUUUUAUUUUUAUUUUUGACUGGUGCAUUUGUCUUCUUCAAGCUUUUCAAGCAUUAGUUAUAGGUGUUCACAAGUAAAUAGUAAGUAUAUGUACCUAAUCAAUUAUUUAAUAUAUUUUAGUUUUUAAAUUGAUUUUUACUAUUUUAGUUGACACGCCCCAUGAUCUAUGGAAAAAAUUGAAAGUAGGAUAAUGUGCAUUGGUAAAUAUAUUUUUAUAUGGCCUGUUUGAAACCUUACAUACCCGAAAAAAACUGAAAUAACGCCGCAGCUUUUGCAUCGGUAUAUUUAUUAAAUUUAUGAAUUUUACAUUAAUUAUAUACAAUUUGUAUAAACUUUGAUUAUCGGAUAGACAUAGUAAUUCUUUUCUAUCAUUGUCGUUCAUAGUUAUCAAUAAUAAUAACGAUUCAUGUAUGUCUAUUGUCUAGACUACAGCGUAUUAACAGAAAAUACGCGAAAAGCAUGUUUAUUUUAGUAUAUUAUUAAUAGUUUCGUUUUUAAACGUACAGACGCCAAACUGAGGAGGUUUUUUUUAUUAAAGAUUUUAUUGUAAGCAGUGCUGUAAAAAGUGAUAGGGUAUUCAUUCCAAAGGUUCAACUAUAUAUAUAAACCUACGUUGUGUAACAUACAUUAUUAAACAUGGAGCAAAAUACGGAACCAUCAAUGUCGACCCUGUGGUCUCGCUGUAGAAUUGUCGGCUUUAUAAAUGUGAUAUAUUUUGGUUUUCUGCUUAUACUUUUAUUACUGAUCAUGGCGUUUUCGAUAAUUACGGUAUUGCUAGUAAAAUCAUCAGAAUCAGAAGCUGCAAAGGAUAAAACUCAAAUGCCAGAUUUAAUGAAAAAUCAUUUUGUUUUACUUAUGAUAAUAUUAUGUUCAUUGUGUAUCAUAAUGCUAAUUUUCUUUAUAGUAUUCAUACGUGUUAACUAUGGAAUAACAUCUGAAACGCCGCAUGAUAAUGGAGUUAUUACUGGAAGAUGGCUGAUUUACCAUAAAGUUUUAUUUUGCAUUCAUAUUAUUCCCACAAUCAUCUCUAUAGCAGGAGGACUAGGAAUACUUAUCACUGAUGUUAUCAUUCUUAUAAUAAUGGCGAUAGAGAUAUAUGUUGUCAAUGCGUACCACACAAAAGUUACUCAGACCGGCGGUAUCAUAUAGGAAUUGUGCUAUAAAACGUUUAAAUCAUAAAAUUUAGCUCACCGUAGCGACCAUUACAUAAAAUAUUUCCAAAAUCAAAUUCUGGAUAAUCACAGAUUUCCUAUAUAAAAUUUAUAUGAAAAAGAGCCACUACCAAAUAUCUAAAUCAGUACAUUAAACAUUAUAGACAACCAAAACUGAUGACUACAACAAAUGUCUCUAAUAUGUAUUUACUGAUUAACAUAACUCACACGUGUCAUUUUAAUAUUAUUAAUAGGUACCUACCUAUUAAUAAAUGAAUCAUAUUUUAUUAUAAAUUAAUAGUUCUACUGUACCGGAAUAAUUGAAUAAUUAAUUUAGAUUUUAGAACAUUGUGUGUAAGGUAAUCGAUUAUAUACGGGUAACUUCCGAAAUGUGAAAAAAAAAUGAAAACAUUUUAUUCAACUUUGUAUUAAAAUGUCAAUCUUUUUGACCAAUCAAACAUUUUUAUAUCUACAUU